AUGGGAGAAGCUAAUAUGAUGUCACUAUCAUUCAAUCAGAGCAGUCCUAGUGGACCUGUGUGUCCUGGAGAUAGACUGGUGUUCACUUGUGUAACAGUAGUGGAAGGUGAAAAUGGAGUAGCAGUAUGGAGAAGAAAUAAUCAACAGCAAGAUCCUGCAAUUUUAGCCUAUGGUGUAGCAAUUCCUUCACUUGAUGAUUUCACAUUAAAUAUUACCAGUUAUGAUAAUACAACUAAUGUGCAUGUACUAGUUAGUACUGCUACUAAUCCGUCAGUUCCGGUAGAAUUGAAUACAACUACUAUUGGUUGUUCAGCUGAUGCAAUGAAUUAUCAUACAUUAACAAUUAAUAUAGCAGGUCAACCAACAACACAAAUUACUAAUGAUUAUUUUACUCUACCAGUUCCUCCUAUUCAGUAUUACAUUAUUAGUGUAUACAAUACAUCAAACAGUAUUAUAUACACUAAUAAUACAACUAAUACUAAUAUUACUAUCACUGGACUACCUCUUACUGAUACAAACUACACUGUUACUAUCAUUUCUGUUAAUAUUAUUGGAUAUGGACCAUCAACUACUGUUAAUGUCAGUGUAACUGUUACUCCUACAGUGACCACUAGUUCAAUUACUAAUGUUCCAUCAUCAGUUACAUUAACUACUGAUAUUAGUACCAGUACAUCAGUUACAGUUAUAUUAUCUACUUCAAUUACAGUGUCUUCAACAAUUCAUGAACAAUCAUCAUCUUCCUUUAUUUCAGCUACUAGUACAUCAACUGGUACUACUAGUAUGAGUGUACCAGUUUCAUCAUCAACUGUAUCAACUACUGCUGCUGGUUCUAAUGCUGUUCCUAUUAUAUCUGGAGCUAUUGGAACAGUGUUUGUUAUAAUAAUUAUUAUUAUUAUUAUAUUGGUGUUAGUGAUACUGGCAAUCAAGAAACAAAGAAGUAAGUUUGAUUACUAUGAUCACUUUUAA